AUGCCUCGCUCCCAUCAGCCGCCUCCGCCGCCCGGCCUCCUGAGCCGCACUCCUUCUCGCUCGUCCCCGGCGCUUCCGCCCAAAAAAGAACAGCAAGAAGCAAUUGAACAUAUUGAUGAAGUACAAAAUGAAAUAGACAGACUAAUUGAACAAGCCAGUGAGGAGAUUUUGAAAGUAGAACAGAAAUAUAAUAAACUCCGCCAACCAUUUUUUCAGAAGAGGUCAGAAUUGAUCUCCAAAAUCCCAAAUUUUUGGGCAACAUUUGUCAGCCAUCCACAAGUGUCUGCACUGCUUGGGGAAGAAGAUGAGGAGGCGCUGCGUUAUUUGACCAGAGUUGAAGUGACAGAAUUUGAAGAUAUAAAAUCACGUUACAGAAUAGAUUUUUAUUUUGAUGAAAAUCCUUACUUCGAAAAUAAAGUUCUCUCCAAAGAAUUUUAUCUGAAUGAGAGUGGUGAUCCAUCCUCAAAGUCCACCGAAAUCAAAUGGAAAUCGGGAAAGGAUUUGACGAAAAGCUCCAGUCAAACGCAGAAUAAAGCCAGCAGAAAGCGACAGCAUAAAGAACCAGAGAGCUUCUUUACCUGGUUUACUGACCAUUCUGAUGCUGGCGCAGAUGAGUUAGGAGAGGUCAUCAAAGAUAUUUGGCCAAAUCCACUGUAGUACUACUUGGUUCUUCAUAUGAUGAUGAUGAUGAAUGAUGAAGGAUUAGAAGACAUUGAUGAAGAAGGGGAUGAGGAUGAAGGUGAAGAAGAUGAAGAUGAUGAUGAAGGGGAGCAAGGAGAGGAUGAUGGAGAAGAUGACUAA